AUGGCUGGCACACCCUCGGCUGUGUCUCCUACAAUCCGUCGAACGCAGUCAUCAAAGGCAGCAAAGACGGAGGAGAACGUCAAGGAGAAGACCACGGUGUCUGAGGAAAACCGCCAGCUUCUGUCACAGCUUCAGCUGUCCCAGUUCUUUUGGGGAGAAAUCCCACACGACUGUCUGAAUGGAUUGCUCCAUCUCCAAGCCGAGGUUGUGUAUGCUGACGACUUGGGUUUCCAGGGUUCAGAAGACUCCCCUUCUCGUAAGAAGUCAUCUACUGCCUUGUCGCCCGCCUUCCUGGAGAACCAGAGCUGCCCUAAGAGGAUCAAGCUCCACGGCGAAAUGUCCCCUCGGCCUGAUAAUCGCCUUGUCGAUGAUCUCCUAAAGAAGAUCUCGGAGCAACAGAGCUCGACCACCACCAGUAAAGACAGUGGUCUGCCGCAACGAGCUGCUGGCGGCAGAUUGAAUCUCCCGAUGUCCCAAGCUCUGAGCAGUUUCAGCAACUCCAUGCCCCCUACACCGGCAGUCGAGAACUUCGGCGAAUCGGCCCCUUCCAUACGUCCGGCCAGUUCUAAUGCCAAAGAGGCACACUCUUCUGACGAUGAAGUCGCCCGCCUGCAGCUUGAGCUGGCUCUCGCCCAAAGCAAAAUCUCACAACUCGAGGGAAGCAGCCAGAUCCUCCAAACUCGCCCCAUGCCGUUCGAUGCUAAGCUCACGAACGUUCCAUCUCGAUUUCCAGGUGCCGCUAUUCUGCAGUCUGGUAAUGGCCAACCUACGGGCAACAACUGGCCCUCCUAUGAUGACUCCCGAUCCGACACGAGCGACGCAUUGUCGGCGACUGGUUUCAAUCAAGCUCGGAACAUAUGGGGAGGCAAGCCUGUCACGGCCCCGGGUUCCGGAUUGAUGACCAACGCACCAGAGCCACCCUCGCACGCCAACGUGUGGACAGGUCGGGGUGGACCUCAAGGCUUUGGGACAGACCAUUCUGGUCCCUGGAACAGCGGCCCUGGCAUCGAUACUUACAGAGGCAACAACCGAAUUCCUGCCGACUAUGACAUGACUAUUCGGGGUCCCAACACCAGACGAAGUGGUCGGUUUGAUAAUCGGUUCGGUAAUCCCGCUUUCAACAGUCAGGCUUCUUUUGGCACCGCAAACCACCCUCAGUACGGACAGAGCCAGUACAAUGGUGCCAGUAACGACCAAAAUGCCGCUGCAAAUGGCCAAUUCCCCAUGGGCCCUGGUCCUGGCCCGUACGCCAAUGGAUCUGGCGCCCCAAUCGGGACACCAUUGUCACCCCUCGCCACUGAGUUCACGUCCACCAAUGGCCCUUGGAAAUCUGAGCAUGUCGCCUCCGAAGGCCCUACCUACCUCCCAACGACUGAGCCAUUGAACUACCGCCGUCUUCUUGAUCGCAAUGUCAACUGCAACUGGAAGUACAUCGUGGACAAGAUCGUUUGUAACAAUGAUCAGCAGGCGUCGAUUUUCCUGCAGCAGAAGCUGAAGGUUGGCACACCCGAUCAGAAAUAUGAGAUCGUAGACGCCAUCAUUUUGCAAGCCCAUCCCUUGAUGGUCAACCGCUUUGGCAACUUUCUAGUUCAGCGUUGCUUUGAGCAUGGCACACCAGAGCAGGUCAUCAAGAUCGCUGAAGCCAUUCGGGGCAACACUCUGUCUCUUUCUAUGGACCCCUUCGGUUGCCAUGUAGUCCAGAAAGCCUUUGAUUCCGUGCCUGAGGAUUACAAGGCCGUUAUGGUACAUGAGUUACUCCGACGCAUUCCUGAGACCGUCAUCCACAGAUAUGCGUGUCACGUUUGGCAGAAGCUGUUUGAGCUUCGAUGGUCCGAGUCUCCUCCUCAGAUAAUGAAGUAUGUCAAUGAGGCUUUGCGCGGUAUGUGGCACGAGGUUGCUCUUGGUGAGACCGGCAGCUUGGUCGUUCAAAACAUCUUUGAGAACUGCCUGGAAGAGGACAAGCGACCCUGCAUCGAGGAGGUCCUCGCCAACAUUGACAUCGUAGCCCACGGUCAGUUCGGUAAUUGGUGCAUCCAGCAUAUCUGCGAGCAUGGUGCCCCGGCAGACCGCAGCCGAGCAAUCGACCACGUCAUCCGGUUCGCUGCCGAAUAUAGCAUGGACCAGUACGCCUCCAAGGUAGUUAAGAAGUGCCUGAAGAUUGGGGGCGGUGAGUUCCUCACUCGUUACCUUGACCGCGUGUGCGAGGGUCGCGUUGACCGCCCCCGAAUCCCUCUGAUCGAUAUUGCCAGUGAUCAGUACGGCAACUAUCUGAUCCAGUGGAUUCUCACCCAGGCCAAUCCCCAGCACAGAGAGGUGGUUGCUGCCCAUAUACGCAAACAUAUGGUCUCGCUGCGAGGCUCCAAGUUUGGUUCUCGUGUUGGGAUGCUCUGCACCAACCCCGCUGUUGCCACUCGUCCCGGUCCUGGAAUCACCAAUAUGGGUCGUGUGCCUGGUCCGCGGUACGGUCGUCCCUACCAGUAG